GGGAGUAUUUUGUUUUCCAACCAGCUGAUUUGUGUCUGAUGCUGAUGUAAAUGUCAUAAUUUUGUGAAGGUUGUUGUUUGAUUAUUAUUUUAAAACCACUUAAUAUUAAAAAAUAUAAUUAGAUUUUACUUUAUGCUUAUAUCGUUUUAAAGGGAUAUGUGAUUUGUUAAUAAAAAUAUUAUUUUUCGUUUAAAUUACUUGUAAACGACACAAAAUGGAUUAUUUGAUAUAAAGAGAAAUGACGCAGUUUUAUAAUAAACCAAUUUUUUGUUAACAAUUUCAAGGAUAUAGUUAAUUAUUUUUAAUUGAAAUAAUGUCGGAUUCACCUACAAAUUCCAGUACUGAAUUAUACAUAGGUCCUGCUAAGGUCUUACCUAGACACAUUAAUGAUCCAACAAUCUUAGAUAGCGUUGCGGGUUUUAUAAAUGAAGUGGUUCCGACAUCUCACACUGGAUCUCAUGAUAUUAAAGAUCAAAUACAAUGGGCCAAAUUUGAAAAUAUACAAAGCGAAAAUCCCGCAGUUUUUCAAGUCGGUACUUAUAUUAGUACUGUACCAUCAACUCUGAUUUUAAUAUUAGGAUAUACAACUGGAAUACAGGUUUGGGCGGUUCCGGCGAAUGGGGAAGCAACUGAAAUUUUAUCUUGGAGACACGGUUUCGUAAAAGCUAUAAAAUUUUUGCCCGUGCCGUAUAUAGUAGGUAAUUCAACCAAAAAGGAUUUGUUUGAGUCGAAAAGACCUCUGCUAGCUGUCUGUGAUAGUUCAUCAGCCGGACCUCAAUUUAGUUCUUUAAAUUUCGUUUCAUUGUUGACGGGUGAACAGGUUAAGGUUAUAAAAUUCAAAAAUCCAGUGAUAGACGUCUUGGCGAAUAAACAAUUUAUUGUCGUCAGUUUUCAAGAAAAGAUAGCAGUGUUUGAUGCUUUCACUCUUGAAGAUCACACGACAGUUACAACUUGCUAUUUGAGUCCCGGUGUUAACCCCAAUCCCAUAUCACUAGGUACGAAUUGGUUAGCAUAUGCUGAGAAAAAAUUGAAUCUAUCGAAAAAGAGUUGUGGGGGAAUGCAUGGAGAAGGUGUACAGAGUUACACAGCGACUGUAAUUCAUGCUGCGAAAUCUUUGGGCAGGGGUCUUCGGGAAUUAGGAGAAAGCGUCGCUAGCAGUUUAACGGGAACGAAUACUUAUAAACCGGGUACUUCCCCGAACAGUCCUCAAGCCGGAGGCCAAUUAGACGUUCCGCACAAAGGAAUAGUCACCGUACUAGAUAUAUCGAGUCCGAAUUUGCAUUCGAUGGAAAGAUGUUUCGCUUCGGGGGAUCCGGUUGUGGCGCAUUUCGCCGCACAUACCGAAGCCGUUGUGGCGCUGCAGUUCGACCCGAGCGGCAUGCUUCUUCUAACCGCCGAUAAAAGGGGCCACGAUUUUCAUUUGUUCAGAAUUCACCCCCAUCCCGGUAGCUCCGUUUUGGGGUCCGUACACCAUUUGUAUAUUUUGCAUAGGGGCGAUACUUCGGCUCGUGUGCAGGACGUGGCUUUUACGCAUGAUUCGAGAUGGGUUUGUGUUAGUACGCUUAGAGGUACUACGCAUGUUUUUCCAGUGACGCCGUAUGGGGGUAAUGUCGGUAUGAGGACGCACGCCACCAUGCACGUCGUUAAUAAGAUGUCGAGGUUUCAUAGAUCUGCAGGUCUAUCUGUAGACGGAAGAUCAAACAGCCCCAUAUCAAUGGCGGAAUCGCCGAGUAAUUCACGUUACCCGCAUUACAACCCGAGAUUUCCUCCAUAUCCUCACCCUACCGUCGUCAACCCCCUAGCCCAAAUCAGACCACCGGCCAUUGUCCAAAACGCCGUUAAUACUCCCACAAGAACCCAAACCGGUCGUCAAAGGAUACCGUCUUCAUCCGAAGAAACCGUAUCGUUGAGGAUAGUGAGUUGUUUCGGCGCGCCAAGGGCUCUACUAGACGUCAAUCGCGACAACGCCCUAAUAAGAAACCCCAAACCGGUCGAUUCCCUCUUCAUAAUGUCCUGUCACGGUAUCCUGGUCCAAUACGAUCUCGAUCCGCACCAACAAUCCAACAUACCGAAGGAGAGGGUUUCCAGCGACACCCCCAUCGAACUCCGAGUCGCCGCCAAAGCGCAGUGGUUGUUACAAAGGAAAAACAACGGGGUGGAAUUGGUACCGCCGAUGACGAAGGACAAUCUGGCUUAUAUAAAAACGGAGGAGAAACGUUCGAAGAAAAAUCAACAGCCCGAUUGUAACGAUGAACAAUGGCUGUCGCAAGUGGAGAUAAUGACGCACGCCGGACCGCACAGGAGACUUUGGAUGGGGCCGCAGUUCACGUUCAAGACUUACAAAACCAUCGCCGGAUCUCCUUUAUCGGUGGGGGAAUCCCAACCGAUCGAUGUGCGUUACACUAAACCGAUAAAUAUGCCGAUCACAAACGCCAAUCACGUUCUGAUCGAAUCCGGUUCGGCGUCCAGUUCCGAACAACAGUUGUUGGAGAAUUAUCAGAAGAGUUUGGAGGAAGGGGGCGGUAUCGGGGAGUUGAGGUUGAAGGAAGAUUUGGCGGACGCCAUGUUAGAAUCGCCCGGUAUUCGAGAUAUCGGUGGACGGUGCGUUAUUGUUCAAAUGAAACCAGCAGUCGCAAAGGUUGUGAAUCCGCUGGGCACCGUCGUUAACGUUCAACCCGGCGACGAGCCCGUGGUAGAGGUAUUCGAAGAAACAAUUCACGAAAAUUGCGACGAAACGUUGUUCAGACCGAUUGUCGCGCCCAAAAUCAUACCCAAUAAGAAUAAAGUGUAUUACGAUGAAAAUAUUCUGACGAAAAGCUUGGAUUCCACAACCGAAGUAGCUGUUAAUAUUUUGAGAAAAUCUACGGACGGACAAACUCGAAAUGGGGAUUCGAAAAAUUCGAAAAAUGAAACGGUAGCCGGCGGAAAAGUCGAACCGAUCUUUGAUCUAUCGGACCAUCGACCCCAAACAAAUUUAGAUGAAAUCAAAUAUAUAGAAAGGACCUUCGUGGAUUAUCCGUUGGAAAACGACGAUUUUUUCUCGUUGGAAAACUUGAAAGUCGAUCAUUUCCAAGACGCCACCGAACCACCGCACUCGAACGAAAAUAAAAAACCGAAAAUAAACCGGAACAAUUUGGAAAACUUGUCGGAAAAUAAUUCGUCCGAAGAAAACGUCAUCGAGGAAAAAGUCGUCGCGAAACGCAACCGAAAACCCAAAACCAAAUUGGGCGUCAAAAUAGCGAGCGUCGUCAACAACGAAAAUACAAAUCCGGACAAAGUGACCGAUCCCCCCGCCGAAAUAACACUUCCGGCGCCGCCGAAAAAAUCCUGGAGCAGCAUCGCCGUUUCUAAACCGAAAACGAUAAUCGAUUGCCGCGACAUCGAUUCACAGAAAAUCGAUUUUGGGGUCGAGGAACAAUUUACAAUACAAUUACCUAAAAAGACGCCUCCGAACAUAUCAGAUUUUAUCGAUAUAAACGUCAGCGAAGAUGAAAAAAUCGAUACCGAUACGGACAAAGACAUUUUUUCGUUACCGGACGACGCGUUCUUAUCGACGUCCCACAAAUGUUCCGACGAAGAAAAGUGCGAUUUGAGUAGUUCGCCCGCGGAGGCUACCGAAAGCGACGAUUCGGGAAAAUUACCGAGCACCGCUUUCAUAGAGACUAAGAUAACGACUACAUCGAAGAAUUCCAAAAAGAAAAAGAAGAAAAAGUAAAAUUAGCGGGGUUGCGGAAAGCUUUUGGUGGUGCGGUACGGUCGAACGUAAGGGAAUAAACAAUUUUUAAUAAUUGUUCAUCCCUGUAUAGAAAAAGUGUAAAUUAUUUUGAUAGUACUCAUAAGUACUAUAUUUGUAUCAUAUUUGACGGUGUUAAGGCUCUGCUGGACAUCCUGAGUACGGUUUCGAACCACGUGGUAAUGAUACACCCGGUAUAUCACGACGACAUAAACUUUUUUUUACCGCAUUUUUAGAAUCUCUAAUUAUUAUAUCUAAAAAAAAAUCUUCCAUUAUUUUAAUGAAAAUUAACGUUUUGUAGUCAAAUGUCUAAACAGUGUUGCCAACUAGAUGAAUUUAAUAGUCGCGCGUAUGAUAAAAAUUUCCAAUUUCAUAGUCGUCUUAAUUAUUCAAAUGCCGACCCUGUUCCUUGCGCCGACAACAACAUCGUCAACACCACGAAUACUAACAAACAUUUGAGGGGAUUUAGCACAGUGUUGCCAAUAACACAGAGUUUUCACUGCUUUACGGACACGAAUUUUUACAACACAAAUCGAUUUAAAAAAAUUUUGAAUACUUUUUUUUUUAAAUAAAUAACCGGUUCAAAUAAAAAUAAUUCAGUUUCUACAACAUUUGUAGACCAGUAUUUUUAAAUUCUUCCGCCGCAUUUAUCUGUCACUGAUGUUUAUUCUUUUUUAAUUUUUGAUAAUUUCCAAAGUUGUCUCAAUUAUUCAAAUGCCGACCCUGUUCCUUGCGCCGACAACAACAUCGUCAACACCACGAAUACUAACGAACAUUUGAGGGGAUUUAGCACAGUGUUGCCAAUAACACAGAGUUUUCACUGCUUUUUGGACACGAAUUUUUACAAUAAAAAUUGGGUAUUCAGAAAAAAAUCUACAUAACAAUUUUCCCGCCUGGAAACUAUUUUGUUAGGUAGACAAAAAUGAGGGGACAUGUUUUAUAGGAUUUCAUCGAAAAAAACACGAUUUUGUAUGGGAGUUAAAAGGGUGUGAAUCUUGGGAAUAAUUACAAAAUUAUAUAAUUCCUCCCUGCCUUAUCCCUCCCUUCUAUCCUCGAUUUCACUUUAUGAUUUGAAUUUAAUCUAAGCCUAAAACUGAAAAUCUUUUUUUUUUCAGUAAAAACCGAUAAAAUAUGUUUCCUCCCCCUUUAAUUACCUAAUUCUACCUAACAAAAUGGUUUCCAGGUGGGAAAAGUUUCUUGAAAGGAUUUUUUUCUGGAGCCCCAAUAAUUUCCAAAAAUGAGUAUACCACGUUUUUUUUUCAAAUCGUAAAUCUAAAUACGAUAUGAAAAAAAUUCGACUUCCUAAUAGCAUAAUACUUCGUAAAACUUGGAAAUUUUUCAUAAUACGCGCGGCUAUUCAAUUCGUCUACUUGGCAACACUGUUUAGAUUUUCGACUACAAGACGCUCGCCAUUAUUAUUUCGUGUUAUUUAAAUUCUUAUUAAUAUUCAUUUAACUUAACAAAAUGGUUUUCAGGUGAGGUAAAAUAUCUUGAAGCGUUUUUUUUUCUGAAUUCUGAAUAAUUAACUUUUUUUGUUAGUUAAACCUUGACUCAUAUUUGUGAUAUAAUCCGUAAACAUAUAUUUAGUCCGAAAAGCAGUGAAAACGCUGUGUUAUUGGCAACAAUAACCAAAUCCCCUCAAAUGUUCGUUUAGAUCUGUGAUGCUGGCGAUGACUGAAUUGUUGCGGCGUAAGCAACAGGGUCGGCAUUUGAAUUUGGGAAAUUAUAAUUAUGUUUUUUCAUUUAUUUUAAUUCUAACAGUUUAUUUUCAAAAACAAGUUGAAAGUAGUAUCAGAAUUUACUUGAUCUAUGCUUGAAAAUAUUAUACAGGGUGCUCAGAACAUAUCGACGCAUUUUUUUUCGAUUCACAUUUUUCAAAUGUCUGCCGAAAUUUUUUUUAACAUUGUAAUACGGGGUUUUCCUGGAAAAUUACGCGUUUUAAAUAAAAUUCUCUCAAUAAAUAAAUCAAAUUCUCCAUAAAUAAUAUUUGAUGAUCAGCUGUUGUAUUGUAAAUUCUUUCAAAAAUUUGGGAAACUUUUGACUUUAUUUCAACAAAUUUUGGUAAUUUUUUUCCUGGCAUUCUUUCUUUUCAUAAAAUUGAGUUUUUUAUGAAAUUUUUCGAAUGAAAAACCCUUUAGAGUCAAAUGUUUUAUAGAUUUUAAAAAUGCAAUAAAAAAUAGGGCGUUUUUGUGAUAUACCCGGUAUUUUUUUGAACGUAUAUUCAAGUUUAACUCAUAAAAAUAUUUCCAUAGAAAUAUUGUUAACGUAUAUGGUAAGGGUAAAUUUAAUUUGACUUAAUUUUGACAGAUUUUAAAAUUUAUUCGUUCUUUUUCAAAAAAUAUUUUUUUUCCGUAAAUAUCACUUUGAUUUUUAAUCUCUUUUGUAUAUAUAUAUGUUUCUUAUUUCAUCUCUAUUUUCCAUUUUAAACAAUCUUCUGCUUCUUCUAUUAUUUAUCGUUCAUUCAGUGAUUUUUACAUCCACGUGUGACAUUUUUUUUCAGUCCCAUGACUUGUUGAUCUAUUUACCAAAUAUUAGAAUGUUUGUCCUACAUAAACGGUAUCAAACUUAUGACAUACAACCUUAUAUAUAAUAUUUUUUGAUGCUUUCGUUUUAAAACCGAAAUUAAAUAUAUUCAAAUGACAAUAACUAUUAAAAACAGGCACAGAAUGAAAUUUAUUAAUGAUAUUUUUUUUUAUUUCUAAGGUUUUAACUUGUUCUUGUAUAUGUAAACCUUUUUAUUAGUAUACGCACAAUAAAUAAGUAAGGUUAUGAUUUCUAUAAUUACAAAAAUGAACUAAAAAAAAAAAAAAAAUCUAGAUACAAAAAUUUAAAAAAUGCUUAAUUUAAUAUAAUUUUACUUAUAUCUAGUUAAAUUUUAUUAAACUUGAAUAUACUUUUAUAUAUUUAUUUUUUUUUUCAAUUAAAUUUAAUAAUUCAAAAUUAUUUCAGCUUUGAAAUGAUUACGAAUUAAAUAUAUUUUUCUAUUUUAAUUUAUAAGAUAUUUUAUAUCGCUAACAACAUACAAGUUUUGUUAGCAACUUGUGAUUUAUUAUAUACAGGGUGUACGUGUACAAUUUCGUUCGAUAUAUACAUCCCAAGAUUAUAACAUUUUACAUAAUCAAGAUCCAAUUAAUUCACUAUUUAUAUGAGUAUAUUAGACACCUUCGAUUUAAAAAGCACAAAAAUAAUCAAGUAGUUACCAAUUUUUUGUUCUAUUAUUAAACAAUCGUGAUUCCAAAGUUUUGACCGCUACUGUAUAACAAUAAAAUCGAACGAAGGUUACUCUUCUUUUCCUUGUAACUUAGCUAGAUAUUUACGAAGUUUCUGACUAUGCAACCAUCGUACGAUAAGAAGAAGAUUGACAGAUGACAAUUAGAUAAACGUCUAAUUCGAUUGAUUUAACUAAUAGUUGUCACAACUACACUUAAUAAAAAUAGAAAUCUAGUACACCCUGUGUUUUGAGUAUAAUACAGCUGCACGUAUUUAAAUAUAAUUGUUUAUUAUCAUUUGUGUGAAAUUGAUAUAUUAAUAUAAUAACAUGAACAUUCAUCCUGUGGUAGUAUUAUUUUAAAUUAGGACCUCUCAAGAUAUUAUAAACAUCAUUGCUGGAAUUAAUCCUUGCGUAUUGUAUAAUUUAGAAAAAUAUAAUCGAAUCCUUUUUAAAAUAAUUGUGCUCUGCAGCUUUGAUGUAUGUUAGCUUAAGAUAUUUAUAAUGAGACCUCAAACUCGAGUGAUUUUAAUAAUUUUAAUAGAGCAGCUAAGUCAAAAGGAAAUAUGAAGUUUCAUUUGGAAAUUUUGAAUUAAGAAUCGGGAAAAACAAAAAGUAUUACUAGAAAACGAGUUUCUUACCUUCUAUGAUCGCGAAAAUAUCCGACAAGAACGAUCAUUUGUAUUUUUAAAUACAUUAACACAAUAUUAACCAUUCAGACAUUGAUACAUAACUGAUAUUUUUAUAAUUUAUAAACACUAUAAGUAUUUUUAACAUAAAUCUUGAUACAUCUUAAGAACUAACAUAACCUAACACUUCUAGUUAUUUAUGGCGCAAUAUAACUAGCGGAAUUAUUUGGCAACGUUGGUUGGUAUGAGCGAGUUAGCUUCGUGUUAACGUCGAAAAAUAAGUGAAAACUGAAAACAUCAACUCCGUGCUAUAUAUUAGGAUAAUUUUAAUAGUCCAGUAAAAUUAUACAUUUAAUUUUUUGUAACUUUUUACUUAAACUUUUUUUAUAUGCUUUCGUGAUUAAAGAAAAUAAUGAAUACUUGAUAAAAUAAAAAAUUUCAUUAAUAAGGUAUUUACCAUAAAAAUGUCAUUAAUAGCAACCUUAAUUGUUCAACAUUUUUUUCACCUCAUUCUCUGAAUAUAUUUAAUAAUUUCUACUUUUAUAAUUAAUUUUUUAUUCCUCGAGUCUUCAAAAUUAAUAAAAUACUUUUCAAGCUGAAAUUUGUAAAUUUAGUAAAUUAUUCAACUAAAUUAAUCACCUUGUAUAUAAAAA